GGAAAGACUGGAUUAGUUCCCGGGCCCGUUUGCCUAGCCUUGCAUUCUCUAGUGAAUCAGCAGUCUUUGUGUUCGUCAGGGUUCGAAUUCCUUCCACUAGUCUAUUCCAACGGAAAUAGCAUGAGCAUCUCACAGCUUCUCAAUCCUUUCCAUCCAUCCUCUGCGCGGCCGACUUUGCCGCAAUGUUUGAAGUUGGUCAACGCUUUGAUUUAUCUUUACUCCAGAAAUUCUUCGACUCUGUUUGCAAAAACCAAAAAUGCGAAGUAUGGGCCGAUUAGCACUUCAUAAGUACACUCAUAUCAAUGCCCGUAGGAGGAGAUACGCCCACUUGCAAGAACCCCAGCUAUUUUCUUCGAUACUCGAAAACCAGCUUUUUCACACAAAGGCUGGUGUCGCCUAUUUAUUUUCGAUCAUCGGCUGCAUGGCUUACAACUACUUGCUCCUUAACAGUCGAUGAAGAUCAUCUGAAUAUGAAUCGAUGGUCAUGGUAUUGUACAGCAUUUUCCAAAAGGAAAAAAGGAAGAUUGGCAAAGCGUUGCCUAUGAACAUUUGGGCUCCCAUUGAUCUCAUGCCUAAUGCCCGUUAAAUGCGAAUGUUUUGAUGAUUUUGCACUGUACAUAGUUCUGUAGAUUCGAGCACAUGUAAAUAAAAUAACUCUUUAGCGCAUCAAAACUUGUAAGCAUAUUAGCUUGUUUUAUAUUUGAUUAAUAAAUGGAUAAUAUGAA